AUGGCCAACACCCAGCCCGCCAUCCUCUCCGGCACAGACGAGGCCCAGAUCGCAUCCACCUGCGCCAAACUGGGUCUCUCCGUCACCGAGUUCAGCGAGCUGCGGCGGCGCGCGACGGCGGCCAAGGCGACGGCGUACUGCCGGUACAGCCGCUUCCGCGUGGGCGCGACGCUGCUCUGCACUCUGCCCGACAAUGCUGGAGGAAAGGAACAAGGUGAAGAAGAAGAAGAAGAAGCGGUAGUGGGCGUUGUUCGUGGAGAGGGAAAGACGGUCUACGUGCCGGGCGCCAACGUGGAAAACGCGUCGUAUCCCGUGGGCACGUGUGCUGAGCGGGUGGCCUUGGGCACGGCGGUGACGAGCGGCAUCAGGACGUUCCGGGCGAUUGCCGUGGCGACGGAUAUCAGUCCGCCGGCGAGCCCUUGUGGGAUGUGCAGGCAGUUCAUCCGCGAGUUUUGCACCAUGCAGACGCCCAUCAUCAUGUUUGACAAAAACUCCGACUACGUUGUCAUGACGGUGGACCAGCUCCUCCCAAUGUCUUUCGGCCCAGACGCUCUCCCACCUGCUGGUGCC